UUGGAAAGUUGGAUAUCGAUCUCUAGCCGGAGAUCAUGGCAGACGCCGGAAUAUAUGUCGAUUCAGGUAGCCUAUCUCGGAAAGUAAUUGCAAUUGCUGCCGGAGAAGCUCAUACGCUCGCUCUCACCGGUGAUGGGAGUGUGUAUUCAUGGGGAAGAGGAACUUUCGGCCGCCUUGGCUCCGGUUCGGAGCUCGAUCGCCUUUUUCCGGCGAAAAUUGAAUUUAAUUCCACAGAAAAGGUCAAAAUCGUCCAAGUAUCAGCCGGUUCUUACCACAGUCUCGCUCUUUCUGAUGAUGGUUCAGUUUGGAGCUGGGGUCACAAUACUUAUGGUCAACUCGGGGUCAAUGGAGAGAACUCCUUAGUUCCAUCUCUGGUACAGGUCUUCAAUGAGCUACACCCUCCCAGUUCCUUGAUAGACGAACCAAUAACAAAAACUGAAACACGACUUCAGAUUUCUUCCAUAAAAAGCUGGAGGAAUGAUGUCACUUGCCAUAGACAACCUUGGAUCCCUCUGGAUGUGGGGAAACUCACUGGAGAAACAUAUAAAGGUGAUGACAAUCUUGUUUGCUAUACCUGGGGCAACAACAAUCACGGGCAGCUAGGGUUAGGAGACACAGAGAUUCGAACAACUCCUCAAAUCAUUGAAACAUUCAAUCAAGAAUCAUCUUACACACCAUAUGAAGUAGCUUGUGGAGCCUUUCACACUUCUAUACUCUCAAAAACAGAUGGCGACAUGUUAAAAAGUGUAUGCUGGAGUUUUGGACUUGGGGAUCACGGGCAGCUCGGGCAGGGCACCAGUAAGGAUUCUCUAUACCCUGAAAUCGUUGAAGGGAUACCUGAAAAUGUAUGGUUGAUAUCAGUGGAUUGUGGGUUGUUUCAUACGAGUGUUGUUUCAUCAGAGGGGUAUGUUUGGUCAUUUGGAAUGGGAAAUGGGCUAGGCCUUACAGAAAGUGAAGGUGGAGAUGCGGUUACUCCACGUUUGAUACCGUGUAAUGGACUAAAAUACCCUUGCUUUCAAGAUCCUGUACAAGUAGCUUGUGGGGCUGCACAUACUGUUCUUCUUGCAGAUAAUGGAUAUAAGCUUUGGUCAUGGGGGAGAGGGAGAAGUGGGGUUCUUGGAAAUGGUCAAGUAAAUGACUUUUUUGCCCCCAAUCUUGUGUUAUGGCCACCACUAGAAGAAGAUUUUAAAAAAAGUGAGAAAUUAGAUGAAAAAGAUUCGUUUGAGAUCAUAAAGAUGAAAAAGGAACUCAAUCUUGCAAUAAAAGAGAUAGAUUUGUUACAUUCUAAGCUUUCUACAAUGGAGCAUUAUGCGAGCAUACUUCAUGGUAUGAUUUUUGGGAAGCCUUUUGAAGAGGAGAAAGAUUUAUUGGUGUCUUUAAAGAGUUCAUAUGAUGUUGGUAAAGAGUGGGAGAAUAUGUUGGAGAGUUGUGAUUAUGGAAAGCUUGUAAGACUUGAAAUGUUUUAUUGUAAGAUGCUUGCGAGUGUGAAAGAUAAGAUGAUGAAUGUAAAGAUUAAGGAGAUGAUCAAAGAGUGUCUUGAAUCUUCAACAAGUGUGUAUCAUUAA